CCCCAGCCCCCCAGCCCCCGCCCCGCCCCGCCGGGCCCCUAGUCUGCAGCCAUGAAGCCGGGGCCGCCGCACCGAGCAGGGGCCGGGGCCGGGGCCGGGGCUGGGAGCGGGAGCGGGAGCGGCAGCGGGGCCGGGGCCGGGACCGGCGCGGGAGCGGGGACCGGGGCCGGGGCCCGCGGGAUGCUGCUGCCGCCGCUGCUGCUGCUGCUCUUGGCGGGACGCGCCGCCGGGGCUCAGCGAUGGCGCAGUGAAAAUUUUGAGAGGCCCGUGGACUUGGAGGGAUCCGGGGAUGACGACUCCUUCCCAGAUGAUGAGCUAGAUGACCACUAUUCGGGCUCUGGCUCUGGCUACUUUGAGCAAGAGUCUGGGAUUGAGAAGGCUGUGCGGAUCAGUACCAAUGUAGCUGUUGCCCUGUCCACCACACCAGCUGUGCUGCCCACCAGUGCUAUCCAGCCGAUGGGCACCCCUUUUGAGAUGCAGCCAUCAGAGAGUCCCACUCCAAAGCCUGCCACCACUGUCCUGGCAGGGACCAAGGUGUCAGUGGUCCCUACUGCUGCCGCCACGGCCACCACUGUGGCUACGGCCAUGGAGGCCGUGACCACUGAGGCUCCAGCUGUGGCCACUGAGGCCCCAGCCGUGGCCACUGUGGCCCCAGCAGUGGCGGUGGCUGCUGCCACCACCAAUGUUGUCCCAACCACCGCUAGCAUCCCCACAUACCCCCCGUCCACAAUCAGUGUGCCGGUUUCUCAGACAACAUCCCUCCCUAAACUCCCGCCUCCUCCCCCAGCUACGGUGGCAGCCACGGUCCAGGCCACAGUCCAGGCCACUGCCCAGGCCACAGUUCCUGCCACACUCACCCUCUCUGCAGCAGCUUCUGGCCUGGAUACAGAGGCAUCCACCCCGAAGCUGGUGGUCACUGCCACGCCAAGCACCUUGCCGAAACCAGAGACCUCUCAGCCUCCAGGGGGCUUUGAGAAGAGCACGGUAGCUCUGGGAUCUGAUGCCCUUGUGCCCACUGAGGUGCCACAGACCCCUACCCCAGAGGCCCCACUGGCUACAAACCGGGAAGUGGAGGCAGAGGUACCAUUCCCCAGUGGGGACUCAGAGCCCCCAGAGGAGGGAAUCACCCAGCCAGAGCUGGACAAUGAAGUGGUGGCAGUGGGUGAAAAGACCACUACCACCUCAGCAGGAGUGAAGCCCAAGGACGAACAGGCUGGGCCAGGCCUGUUUGAUAACACCAUCGACUUGGGCAACUCAGCAGCUCAGCUGCCUCAGAAGAAUAUCCUUGAGAGAAAGGAAGUGUUAGUAGCGGUGAUUGUGGGCGGGGUGGUCGGAGCCCUCUUUGCUGCCUUUCUGGUCACACUCCUCAUCUACCGCAUGAAGAAGAAAGAUGAAGGGAGCUACACCUUGGAGGAGCCCAAGCAGGCCAGCGUCACAUACCAGAAGCCGGACAAACAGGAGGAAUUCUAUGCCUAGAAGGACCUCCGUGCCUCCUCUUGCCUCCUCUUCCCUCCCCUGCCCCCAGCCUCCCUCUCCUCUCCUUCCCCCUUUUUUUUGCUUACCCCUUGGACAGAACUGACUGUGAGUCUUCUGAAUCCCUCCGCUGCACUGGACCCGAGUUAUUGCCAGUGCAAGGAGACAUUGUCCAUAGACCCUUCUGCCCUCCCUCUGGCACGAGGGGCAGGACCUUGGACAGGGGGCAGCCAGCCUCCCCUCCCCGACCCCUCUUAUUCCCCGACGAGCUCUGAUCAGCACCCCUCUUCACUUUUCAGGCCAGAGCUGGGCCCCAGAGGAGCCAAUGGCCCGGCAGGCUGAGGCUCCAGGAACUUUGGGUCACAUUCCUAACUGGAAGAAGUUAAGAGUCAGACAGAACUUUCUUUGGUUGAUAAAUGAGGGGGUGAGACUUGGGAUUCCCUUUCUCCUCUCCCUCAGGCUCUUGAUGGCCUUCUCAUCCGGACUGGGAGGUUUCUCCUGGACUGGCAGCGGGGCACCUUUUGUCAUGGGGCCGUGAACCCUUAGCUUAGUGGUUUUAGGGGCCCAUGGCAGCCAAUGCCAUCUCUUAGGCGGAACGUCUUUUGGCCAUGGCAAGUGAGCCCUGUAGACAGUGCUGGAUUGAAGGUGGGGGGAGGAAGGAGAGGAAGAGGGAAGGAGAGUCUGAGUGGAAGAGGGGAGAUAGUGGGAGAGGGGAGUGAGUCGGGGAGCCGAGAGGCUCUUCACCCUCCCUUGCCCCUUCCUCCUGCUCCUGGGGCUCUCUCACACCAAACCUUGAAUUACCUUCCUGUGCCAACCAGCGCUAGGGUUAACAAGCAUGUGGCUUUGCCAAGAGUGCCUGAGAGUGGCUGGCUCAAGCCUUCUCCAGGGGAGGGGGGACAUUCCUUCCCUCCCUCCCCCCUCUCCCUUGCUGGCCUGGGUGCAGACUCUCUGUGUAGCCCAAGUGGCGAGGGAGGGGGAGUGUAUGGGCAGAGAUGUUCUGCCCAAGGCACGACAGCCACCCGAGGGGGUAGUGUUUGCCAGACACAACUUUGUCACAACCAGCCACAUAUAUCACUCACACGACCCAGCAUGCCGACAGUCACAAAAGAGUCACAUACACCAGGUCCACCAGCCAUACCAUCUUGUGUCCCAACAGAACUCUCCCACACACCAGUCAUUGACAUAGUCAGUCAAUAUCACCAGCCACAUGUCCAUCCUUACAUGCUAUAGCUGGGCAGUUGGGGAAGCUCUUUUUAAAAGAAAAGAUGGCAGGUCACUCGCCCCUCCCCUGGAUGCCUAGAGCCGGUGGGAAGAGCCAGGGUGGGUGGGGGGCUGGAAGAAUAAGUAGUCUGACAGGUGCAGCUUUAGGGCUGAUCCUGUGAAUCUGGAAAGGAAGGGGACACUCCUGGUGGACCCAGAAACCAGAUGCCAAAGGCCUGACUUGUGUGGUGAAGUUGUAUGGAUGUUUUCAUUCUGCCAGUUCAGACCCCCUCCCUCAUGGACUGGGGAUGGGGACAGAAGGACUUUCACUGAAACUGACUGACUUCCCAGCAAUGGCCUCAGGCCCUUGAUUUCCUACCUGGAGCUGGCUCCCACCAUCUUGCCUAGUUCAUGGGCCUAUGUGUCUGCCAACUCUUGGAAGCCACUUAGUGCCUGCCUGGAUCAAGUCAUGAGCGGCCCUUAGCCCUCUCUCCAGCCCUACUGCCUCCUGACUAGUAUGUGGACAUUGGCCCUCCUCUUGGGGAACCCCUGUGGGGAGACUGUUGAGCGUCCCAAGGCCCUUUGGUACUUCCUCCCCGUAGGGCUCCUAGGAGCCAGUUAUGAGCUCCCUGCCCCAGAGCUUGUGCUUGGCAGAGAUUCUGCCUGCAGUGAGCUCCCUGUUUUAGGGUCUUCACCCUUCCUUGUCCCUGUCACAGGCAUCUCCAUGCUCUUUGACCCUGUUUGUAACUCUGGGAGUGGGUGUCACGUUCACAAACAAAGCCUGGCCCGUUACAGUUUGUAUCUUCUGCCUCCUUGGGAAACCUGAGGAACCCAGCAUCUCUCAGGAGCACCUGCUGGCAGAGGCCUUCACACCUGGACCCUGGGGAGCCUCCCAAUGCUGACAGUCAAGAAACUGGAAUAGCGCCAUCACCAGCGGGUUUCAUGCUGGAACGUCUGUUCUAGACGGAAGCACUCUCCUUCAGAGGCAUGGAGCCCUUUGUGGGCUGUCUCAGACUUGGGGGAGGUGGUCUUCUGUCAGGGGAGGAGGGGCUGGAAGGCGUUCCAGGGAGAGAAUCCCGGAUUUUGGACUGUUUGCCUCCCAUGCCCACCCUUGAUGAACCACCUAUCUCACUCCCCUGCAUUGUCAGCUCCUCCCAGCCCACGGUCAGAAAGUCAGAAUGGCCACUUGGUGAAUUUUGAAACAUACAUAUGGGGAAUGGGAAGAGGCUUGUAGCUUCUGGGGGAAUGUGGGAGUAGGGAGAGAAGUUCAGGCUGAGGCCUAGGAUGGGAGGCUGAGUUCAUGGACCAGAUCCCUGGAGGGAGGAGUGGAAGGGUGUCAAGAUCUUGGUCCCAGCCGCUCGAUCUCCUUCCCAGAGGCUCUUUUCAGUGAGAUUUGGGCCUUCCGCCCACUCUCAGCAUAGGUCUUCAACAUAUUCCAUCAGACCAACCCACCUGUAGGGCUGUGGUCCAUGACGAGAGGAGAAAGGAGGCCUUGAGGAAGUGGCUGGUGUCAUCAGGCUAGGAGCUUAUUGGAGUGGUAGAACACAGCUCUGGAAAAGUGGAUCCCCAGAGGUUUGAGUGUGGAGGGACGGGGAACAGGAAGGCCUGAAUCCCAGCCAGCUCCUUGUCCUUGGGACCUUUGUCUAGGCUUCAUCUUUGGUCCCUCCAGUUGUCACAUCACCACUGGCUCCCAACGCUGACUUGAGAUAGCCUUGUGGCCCAGUGGUUGAGGGGACGGAAAGGGGAAGGGACACUGAGAAGUAAAAAUAAGGUAACACUAGCCUCUGAAGGUUGGUGGGGAAGAGUAUAGAGGGGGGUCAAGUUCUCAGCGGUGUUCUUUCCCUGGGACCUCCCUUUAUCUGAUUAUGACUAUGAUAUCAAUGUCACAGUGUCUGUCCUGUUCCAGUGAAUCACCCUAGACCUUGCCCCCAUUUCUAAGCAGGGGCUUGGCUUGGGGAGGAUUUCUUGGGAAUGGGGAGGGGGGGAGAAGCUAUAGGCAGCUGGUUGCCUAAGUGAGUUAUGUCUAUAAUAUGGACAGUCUAGCCAGAGGGGAGUUCAUGUAGCCUGAGGGCUUCGUUUAGAGUCGGGGGGAGUGGUUAGGAAGCCCCUAAGAAGUUGGGUCAUUUGAGACCUGGGCUCUACAGCCCUGGUCUCCCCAACCCCAGGAGCAGCACACCCUGAGGAGGCCUUCUUUGGUGACCCAUUUCUUUCACGUUUGAGGGGUCCUUGGAAACUGAUGGGCAUGGUCCCUAGUGGAAUGCCCAGUAGGAAAGGGAAGGUGGAGGAGAAAGGCAACUUGGCUGGGAAGCCUUGUGGUCAGGAACUUGGGGCCCCCUUGUGGGUCAGCUGGUGUUGGAUUUGGGGCCUGAGAGAUGCUGAGAGGUUGGGUUGGGAGGGCUGUUGGGAAGCAGACAUUCCCAUCCCCCUUCCCCUAGACUCAACUAUUAGCAAGGCAGCUGCUGCCUCUUGGGGUGUCCCUCUGUAUUUUCUAGAUGGCCCCCUUUCUGUUUCAGGGCAUCUCAUCCACAAUAUCAGGACAAAUGUUCCUCCACUUUCUCCAUUUCUCCCCAUUCAUGGGGCAGUGACCCCAGGCUGCUCUCCUUGUAAAUAGGAAUUGAAGGAGCCUGUAUAGAUUUACAGAUAGCAAGAUCGCCAAAAGACCUGGGGACUGAGGAUCUCAGGGUACGUGGCCCAGUCUUUAGAGCUUCUCUGAGUUCCAGGAUCUGGCUCUCUUCCUGGAGAAGUUUCUAAGGCUGGAGCUGACACCAUGGCCCUCCCCCACCCCCCUUCACCAAAUGGUGAAUGCAUGUAAAUAUUUUAACAGGAACUGUCUCAUGCAGCAGACCCCUCUUUGGGGGUUCUCCCCUUACAGAACCACCUGUGGGCCUGGGACUUGGAGGGGGCAAUUGUCUGGGCAUCCAGGUCGAAGAAAGGGGAGAGCAGAAACCCCUUACCCCCACCCUAUCUAUAUCCUUCCCGCUCAACCUGUUUGUUAACUCAACCUGUUUUUGUCCUGAGUUUAUGGCCAAAACUUUUGAAUAACAAGGGAGGAAGAGACCAACUGAACCCUUUCCCAUCAUACAGAACUAGUCCAAACCCUGGGCUCAUGGCCCAAUCCUGUAAUGGUACCAUUAUUAUUAUUUUUUAAUUCUUUCUGUGUUGUGCCCAUUUAUAAGAGGAAAUAAAAAUGAAGUCAUUGAAAGGAUGCUCCCUGGCUGGGAGUGGGGUGAGCAUCAGAAUCAUUUCUCCAGGCCCUGACCUCACACCUCCCUGCCAGUCUAACCGGAAGCCACCUCCAUGUGCCUCAGCUCCUCCCCCUAAGGCAACACCCAGGGACCACCAGAGCCACCUUUGAUUUUGGAAGAGCCUAAGGGAAUAAAAGGGAAAUUAAUUAUCUCCUGAGAACCAUUCGAAUUCCACAGCCAUUUAUUAAGCACCAAUUUAUCCUACAGUACUCUUUAACUGCAGGGGAAGAGAAAAGAUUAGAACACUCCUUCCCAUGGAGGUUAAGCAUCUAUUAGGAGGACUUUGACACCAACUAGAACCUAAAACUUGAAAGGUGCAACAAAGGGAAGUGAGAAAAAACUCAUGUUUAACUGGUAAAAGCAGGGAAGGCUUCAUGGAAGUGGCGUUAGAGCUGAGGUUUUAAAGGAUGGGUAGAAAAAUGGGGAAACUGAGGCCCAGAGGUGAUGACAUGACUUACCUGAGGUCACAUGGGCAUGGAGUGGCAGAUCCAGGAUUUUAAGUGCAGUUCUUUCCACUAUGUAACAUUGCUUCUACUAUGAGGCUCAUUACUAGAAUACCCGCCACUAGAUGAUGGCAUUUUUGGCUGUGGUGAUGCUCGAAGCAAAAAUCUAAAAGCUCUGGUAUGACCUCCAUCUCCCCCAGUAAUAAUGGUGAAGUAGUGGAGAAUGGGGGCAGGAGAGGCUAAGUAUCUGCACACUGUUUUCUAUAAACUAAUGCUUAUGUGAGACCUUUGCUUAAUGACCAAUAACAAAACUCUAUUUGAGUAAUCUGUUCAUUGCAAUUGAGAAGCAGUGUGCUGUAGGGGAAAGGAUGCUAAUUUUAGACACAGGCCAGACUUGGAUUCAGAUCCUGGUUCUGACACUAGUUGUGUGACCCUGGGCAAGUCACUUAAACUCGCUGAGCCUCACUCUAUAAAGUGGGGAUAAUCGUAUGUGCUGAACAAUGCUUUGUAAACCUAAAAGAGCUAUAUAAAUGCAGGUUAUUAAGCAUAUCCAUAUUAAUCUUGCUAUAAAUAAAAUAGAAGAUAUAAGAUAGUUGCAGUAACUAGUAGAAUGGCUUGUAGGUUCUUGGAGAGCUAAAUAAAGGCAUUGAUUUCACAGAA